CUUUUUUGUCAGACUUUGAACUUUACAAACAAGAAGGCGGGAGCAGUAGAAGCGACCAGACUCGCAGUCAGCUUGAAAUAUUGAUCAGAUACUAACUUUCAGCCUUUGGGGGAUAAACACGUCGGUCUUGUGGCGGGACGCAGCGGAAUGUCCCUCCGGUACCAAAACAAGGUGGUUAUUGUCACCGGAGGGUCCAAAGGGAUCGGCAGAGGGAUUGUCACAGCCUUUGUGGAAAAUGGAGCCAACGUGGUGUUUUGCGCCAGAGGAGCUGCAGAAGGCGAAGCCCUGGCAGCAGAGCUGAAGGCGCAGGGCCCAGGAUCAUGCACGUUUGUCAGGUGUGACAUGACCCAGGAGGACGACAUCCAGCGAUUGAUGGCAGUCACCGUGGAGCUGUACGGACGCAUCGACUGUCUGGUGAACAACGCAGGCUGGCAUCCUCCUCACAAACCCACCGAUGAAACCACAGCAGAGGAGUUCAGGAAUCUGCUAAAUCUGAACCUUGUCAGCUACUUCUUAGCUUCAAAAUUUGCCUUACCACAUCUACGUCAGCGUCAGGGAAACAUCAUUAAUAUCUCCAGUCUUGUGGGCACCAUCGGUCAGAAAGAUGCUGCACCUUAUGUUGCCACUAAAGGGGCGAUCAUCUCCAUGACCAAGGCCAUGGCCGUGGAUGAGAGCGCACACAGCGUGAGGGUGAACUGCAUCUCUCCAGGUAACGUGAUGACACCUUUGUGGGAAGACCUUGCAGCCCAGACGGUCGAUGCUGCAGCCACCAUCCAAGCGGGGGAAAAUGCACAGCUGAUGGGUCGGAUGGGGACGGAGGCCGAGUGUGGACUGGCUGCUGUGUUCCUGGCAGCAGACGCUACGUUCUGCACCGGCGUGGACCUGCUGCUCAGUGGAGGAGCUGAACUCGACUACGGCUUCAAGAGUCGGCUCCAUCCUGAAGGCCUCUGAUCAUCUGGAGACUAACGGAGAGCAGUGGCACCAGCUGCAGCAUUUCAAUAAAUCACCUUUUUAUCAGAA